ACGGAACGCAACCAGUGUACACUUGUUGCACUAGUACAGAAAGUUCAGCUACAAAGAAUAAACCUAAAGUGUGUGAAGUUGUCUGAAAUAGGUUUUAUUUUAUUUGUAAACAAAAUUGUUUAUAUUAGCAAACGUUACAUAAAUAUAAAUAUCUCACUAGACUAACAAUGAGAAAGAUUUUGUACACACUUUUUUCCUUGAUGAUUUUGGCGAGUCAAGGCAAUAGUACCUUAUACUGUUAUAGAUGUAACAGUAAUCAUCCUGGAUGUGGAACACCUUUAAAUUGGUUGUGGUAUUGGGGAGAAACCUGUCCAGAAUACGAUGAUAAAUGCGUGAAAAUAAUUGAACGAAAAGGAGCCGAAACUAUCAUUACACGUGAAUGUCUAAGCGCUGUACGUAGUUUUAGGACAGAUAUUCCUGCAGAUCAUUAUGAGGGUUGCAGACCUGCUGCUAAAGAUGUACGAUUAGGACAUUAUGUCAAUAAUAGUAUCCAUCAAUUAGAUAUUCAUCGUGAUUAUUAUGAUGAAGUCACUUGGUGCUUUUGUUACUUUGAUCAUAGAUGCAAUAAUGCAGAGAAUAUUACUCUUUCAAUAAUGCUUAUAACUUUAGGACUUGCUGUACAAUAUUUUACAUCUUAAGACUGUUAUACGAUAUCUUAUAUCAUGUUUUUUACUUGAGUGUAUAGCACUUCAAAUGUUUUAAAGAAGAAACAAAAUUUUACACAUUUAAAGAUAAACUAGAACAAUACAGGCGCGCACUACGCACG